UAACGACGUGUGUCAGGAGGACUGGCUUGAGAUAUAUGAGGUGCUGUCCAGUGGUCGCGAAAUAAAAUACGGCAGAUAUUGCUGGUCCACAGCCCCGGGUCCUAUCAUUUCCGACUUCGGGGUCAACCGAAUGAAAGUAAUUCUCAAUACGGAUGAGACGGGUGUGUCGAGUGGGUUCAGUGCCAGCUAUACCUUCAUGGAUGGUGCCAACUCUUAUGGAGAUUGCGGAACUAAUAUAACCGGCGAAGAGAACGGUGUGAUAACAACUCCCAAUUACCCUAAUGGUUAUCUGGCACACAGACAAGUGUGUACCUGGUACAUUACCGUCCGGCCCCGUUAUAAAGUGCUCCUAUAUUUUGAAACAUUUCUAGUCGAAGGCGAACCUUCAUCUCGUGGUUGUUCUGGUGCUGUAGUGAGGGUUUGGUUAGAUCUGAGUCAACAGCCCGUAGAGCUGUGUGGAAGUGAACUAAACAACGAAACCAUUCAAUUGAUUUCGACCACAAAUUUGCUCAAAAUUACG